AUGACGUUGACGUUGAACCGCCCCAAACAGUUGAAUGCAUUGAACGCGGACUUGGUCAACGCACUGGCUGACAANCUCGUUAAAUACGACGCUGACCCGUCAGUUUCUGUUGUGAUCUUAACUGGCGAAGGACGGGCAUUUGUUGCCGGCGCUGAUAUUAAAGCGAUGGCGAGCCAAACUUUUGUAGAUUUCUAUAAUCACAAUAUGCUUCGUGGUAUGGAUGCGGUUACGAGCAUGCGCAAGCCCAUCAUUGCUGCAGUGAACGGCUUUGCCCUCGGUGGCGGCUGCGAGCUUGCCAUGUGCUGUGACAUCAUCGUAGCCAGCGAGAAGGCAGUGUUUGGGCAGCCAGAGGUGAAGAUCGGGACAAUCCCGGGUGCGGGUGGCACACAGCGCCUUAUUCGUAGUAUCGGUAAGAGCAAGGCAAUGGAGUGGGUGCUGACGGGUGACCAGUACACAGCCGAGGAGGCGGAGCGCGCUGGGUUGGUGGCACGUGUGGUAAAGCACGAGGAACUUCUUCCAACAGCCAUGAACAUCGCAGAGAAAAUCGCAUCGAAUAGCCAGGUGACAAUCUCACUGGCAAAGGACUGCGUCAACAAGGCGUUGGAGACAACGCUGCUGCAGGGUUUGGCCUACGAGCAGCGCACCUUCCAAGCCACUUUUGCCACGGUGGACCAGAAGGAGGGUAUGGCGGCGUUUGUAGAGAAGCGCAAACCCAACUUCCAAAACGCCUGA